AUGGUGCUAAAAGAUGCUACCAGAGAUAUCCGCUUCCUUCGGCUCUGCAUAAAGAGUCAAGAGAAGGCCAACGGCCACAUCCACUUUAAUGUCGACGAGGAGGAAACCCGCAAUCGAUGGGGUCUGAUGAAUGCCGCCCUCCAAAAAGAAGAAGACGAGAUGAUGGCGCAACUAGCUACCCUAGCGGUCCCUCGAUCUAUCGACUAG